AUGAGAGCAGAUCGGGGCACCGGCGCCACGACCGAAGAAGCACAGGUGUGGCAGGCCGUGCGCGCGCAGCUACGAAGCCUGGAUAGUGCGAGAUCUUCUUCAUUAGCAGCAUAUGAGAAGCUCUUAAAGGCUCAUGCCGACGCCAAGAAUAUAGAUGCGUUGUAUGAUGCCACCGAACAUGCGGUCCAUGAGGAGCAAAAGUACAUUGUGGGUGCACUGGAGCAGCUCGACGUGCUACUGGCACUUCGCAAAGCGUCGACGGGGGAUGUGCGUCGCCGGAAGCGCAAGGCGGAUGAUGAGCUGGACAUGGACACCAAGCCCAAGUCUGACGUGAAGAAAAGCCGUUCGCCCGCGAAGCAAGAAAGCAGUCAUGUGGCGCGUAUAAAGUCGCAACUGCCGCUGUUGCGUGGGCGCAAAGUGGCAUUCUGUCAGGCAUUACGUGGAGAUGACACGCAUGAAGAGGAAUGGAUCAUGGCCACGGUGAUCAGCACGAUUCAAGGCGAUAAAAUGCGCUAUAUCGUUCAGGAUGCUGAGGAUGAUACAGCACAUGGCCCCACAUGGAACACCAGCAUUGACUCGAUUGUCCCUCUUCCUGUGGACCUCGAUUCCCUACCGCCCGCACCUUAUGCGGUCGGCACACGCGUCUUGGCGCUAUACCCAGAUACCAGUUGUUUUUAUUGGGCUACCAUCCAGGGCGGGGGACCAGCUAUGAAUGGAUCUGUACCAAGAUCCAAGGUAUGUAUGCUGUACUUAUAUGCAGCUCGUAAAGCGCGAGUCAGAGCUGCUCACGACGCCGUACCGCCUCAUGUUUUACGACGACGGCGCGGACGUCAAGCAGGUGCCGGCGUAUUUGGUAGUGGAGCAUCCGUAGUCUGA